UGGCUCUCUGGCUGAAUCAGUUCGGCACGACAGUUUGAAAACACAACGGAGCAUCGGAGGACGGAGGACAACGACCGCUGGAUUGGGGGACAUUGACUUUUAUCGUCCAGAAGAAAGAGAAAAUGCAAGCGGAUAUGUUCUCGAGGUUGUAUCAGGGCAGAAAGGAGGCUCCGUGAUGGAGCACGGCGCUGUUCUUGUUCCUCUAUUGUCCCGUUAUGAUCCUUUGUCAUAGCCGCUGUAGGGCUGCAUUCCCCCCCCUAACGUUAUAAACGAGUUCAGGGGCGGAAACGGUGACAUGAACUGAGACAGCAUGCGUGGGUUCUUCUCUCUCGUGCAGCGUCAAGAUGGAAGAUCUUUACAGCUUUCCUUCUACAGGAUGAUGGAGAAUCUAAUUGCGCAGUGCAGCACGCGCUACAUCUGCACUGGGUUUUUGGAUGGUCAGUGUGAUCAUGAUCACGAUCUUGAAAGCUUUUGCAUGACUGCCUUUUCUCACUGCCAGCAUUAGAUCUGCUCCAGCAUCGUUCCACAAUCCCAUCCGUAAAGCUGCUGUUCUUUUCUCCAUCGUCACUGACUCGAGGUGGACAGAGUGGUGCGAAGCCACUCUCAUUCUUCAUCCACUCCAGAUGAGAGGCAAACAGUAUCAGCAGAUCAAACCUGGAGGACCUCGAGAGACCGACACUGACUAUGGAAGGAAACUCAGAACCUAUCAAAACCCUGUGAAAAUUAUCGACCAGCCUGGCAUCGUGAUGAAGGUGCUGAGGAGAAAACGGAUUAUUUUAUUCGUGGCCUAUUUCCUCCUGCUGGUUCUGACCAUGCUGAAUUUGGCCAACUACAGAUGGAGCAAAGAGCCUCAGCAGUGCAGCCACCAGGUGAGGAGCACCACGUACCAGGGGCGCUCCGACAUCCGCUACCUUUACAGACCCGCUCUGGUUAAGAAAAGGCAACUUGUUUACGUUUUAACCACGUGGCGCUCGGGCUCCAGCUUUUUCGGUGAGCUUUUCAACCAGAACCCUGACGUGUUCUUCCUGUAUGAACCCAUGUGGCACAUCUGGCAGAAGCUGUACCCGGGUGAUGCCGUGUCUCUGCAGGGUGCGGCGAGGGACAUGCUAAGCUCGCUGUAUCGCUGCGACCUCUCGGUGUUCCAGCUGUACAACAGCCCUGGGGGCAAAAACAUUACCUCGCUCGGCCUGUUCGGUGCCACGCUCAACAAAGUGAUCUGCUCAUACCCGUUGUGCUCCGCUUACAGGAAGGACUUGGUGGGCAUGGUGGAUGACAAGGUUUGUAAGAAAUGUCCGCCGCAGAGCCUGCGUCUGCUGGAGGACGAGUGUCUGAAGUACAACACCAUUGUCAUUAAAGGGGUGCGCAUUCUGGAUGUCAACCUUCUGGCUCCUCUGAUGGAAGACCCCUCUCUGGAGCUAAAAGUCAUUCACUUGGUGAGGGACCCGCGGGCCGUGGCCAACUCCAGGAUCAAAUCCAGACACGGGCUCAUCCGAGAGAACCUGCAGGUGGUCAGGAGCCGGGAUCCCAAACUCCGCCGGCUGCCACUCGCUGACGCUGCUCAUAAAUCCAACAAAAAGGACGGAGCCGACUACCACUCUAUAGGAGCCAUGGAGGUGAUAUGUGAUAGGACCCACAGGACCUUGAGGACGGCAUUGAAUCCUCCCAGCUGGCUCAAGGGGAAGUACAUGGCCGUGCGAUACGAGGACCUGGUGGAAAAUCCGGUGAAGGUCUUACGCCAAGUUUACCGUUUCGCUAACCUCAGCGCUAAUCAUGACGUGGAGUCUUUUGCACUCAACAUGACUAAUGGAACUAACUCGUCCUCCAAGCCGUUCAUCGUAUCAUCCAGGAAUGCCACGCUGGCGGCGAGCGCUUGGAGGACUCUCCUAAGCAUUCAGCAGAUCAAACAAGUGGAGGAUUACUGCCACCAGUCCAUGGCUGUUCUGGGCUACGAGCGCGUAAGAACAGCCGCAGAGGCUAAAGACUUGAGCAAAUCCUUACUGACUGCAUCCAAACUGUGAUGCUCACCAAACUUCUCACCAAAGUCCUACAAAAAAAAUGAAUGAUUUUCAGUUGUAGUUUGGUAAAUGUGGAGCUUUAUUUUAUUCCAGUGUUUCAUUGGGGAGUUUGACAUGCCUCAUAGGAAUGUACUGUUUUCAUUUUUUGUUUUGUUUUUAUUAUUAUUAUUUUUUUAGUUGUUAAAAUUUUAAGCUGCCAUGGCUUUUCUAAGUGGAUUGAUGACGUAUGUGUACCAUGUAAACUGCACCAUGACUUGAAUAUGAGAUGAGCCUUGAUGUUAUGCGAAUCACGUGUCUUGCGUCGACAAUGCUUUAGGGUUGGUGUUGGUGUUUUUUUUUGUUUUUUUUGGAGACUCAUCAGAUUCGUUUAAGUUUGUUUGCUUACAAAAAAAAAAAAAAAAGAACAACCCGGUCGAAAUUUCUCUUUCUUUAAAGCAGGUAAUGCUGUUUAGUUAGUGCAGGAUGCUCUCAGAGACAAUCAUUAAAGUGCUCUGUAAUGCUUUCUUUCUCUCUCGUUUCUGCUCUUUUGGCCUGCGUAUCCAUAUCAGGAACUGGCUGGGCUAGUCCAAACUUCCUGUUGUUUUCAUGCUGCUUCAUUAGUGCUUCAUGGAAGUAGUAUUUCUCUAGGAGUUAAUGUUCACGAUUAUAAGAACAAAAAAAAAGUGAUUGUAAGUUAUCAUUCAAACUAUUCAGUAUUUUCAACACUUGAACUGUGAGUUUUAGAGUAGAUAGCAUCUUAUAUAAAAUAACAAACUCUGUUCUCUUUCCCACUAAUUUAUUAGCUUUCAAUUCUCCUUUUCUUGGAAGCCCAUUUAGUGAAGGUUUUUUUUAAACAUAUUUCAUCACAGACUCAUGUAAUCCUAAGUAGUGGUUUGGCAAUGAGCACAGACUCUCUUUCUUUUCUUCUUUUUUUUCUUUUCGUUGUUGUUUUUCAGUUUUCGGUUUUAACGGUUUUGUGCAUCAUGUGAAGAAUGUGACUGUGUGCCUUCUGAGAUAUCAGAAAUAAAUAGCCAGGCUUGUUUUAGAGCACUAAAGAA